AUUCAAACUGUUGAAGUGAAUUGAUCUCAUCACUAAAAGUCAGGAAAAUAUACAAAAAAAGUUAAAAGUUAAAACUUCUUAGUUCCCAAAGACAUUAUGGAUCCGUUCAUGAAAUCAAACGAGGUUAUUGAACAAAAAAACAAUACAUUUCGUUUAGGAACUGUGACAUCAAGUCGCAUUCUAUACCAUUUACCAUGCAAGGUAUGCUUGGAUAAUAGUUCUGGAAAACAUUAUGGAAUUUAUGCAUGCGAUGGAUGUGCAGGAUUUUUUAAACGCUCUAUCCGACGGAACCGUCAAUACGUUUGCAAAUCCCAGAAAAAAACGCUGUGUGUUGUUGACAAGGCACAUCGCAAUCAAUGUCGAGCUUGCCGUUUGAAGAAAUGCUUUGAUGCUGGUAUGAACAAGCAUGCGGUACAGCACGAACGUGGCCCAAGGAACUCAACAUUAAGACGACAUUUGGAGAUCUACAAAGAAACUAUGGUAGCCGAUAUGCCUCUUCACUAUUCCCAGGGCUUAAUUAUAAAUUCAGCAUUAGGAGGAUUAGCGGAGUUUCAAAUUCCCACUUCAAUGUGUUUUCCACCAAAUGGUUUAGACCUUACACUGCCCCGAGGAGUACAUCAUCCGCCCAGCUUUAAUCUUAGCUACAUGAAUUCAAUUCAUAAUAAGCCGUUUCAACCAACAUCAUCAUCACUAUCACAAGCAGAUCACAUCAAGGAAACUGCUGCCGAAAUUUUAUUUAAAAAUUUUAACUGGAUACAAAAAAAGGCAACAUUCAAACAGCUCCCCAUGUCAGAUCAACUGGAACUGCUUGAAGACUCGUGGAAAGACCUUUUUAUAAUUGGAAUGGCCCAAUGUUCAAUAGCAAUGAAUGUAGAGCAAAUUCUUCAUACAUAUGAAUCGGAGAAUCCAAAUAAGGAUAUAGUGCGAAUUGUGUCAAGUGAAAUGCAAGUGUUCCGGGAUGUAAUUCAUCAAUUUCAUUUAUUAAAACUCGACAACGAUGAAUAUGAAUGUUUGCGAGAAAUUAUGCUCUUUAAAAAACCAGCGAAUGUUAUUAAUCAUCAAGAUCACCAAAGUUCAAUAAGUUCAAGCUCAUCAUCAGAUUCUCAUAAUUUAAUUGAAACGGUUAGAAUAUUACAACUUUAUGAAGAAGCUAAUUGCGCUUUUCCCAAAUAUAUCAAAAGUGCUCAUGGUACACAUUUAACAAAGUUAGGCAGUAUUAUGCGAACUGUAACAGAAAUGAAAAAUGUAUCUACUUUUACAAUAGAGGAAGUAUUUUUCCGACAAACUAUCGGUCACAUACCAAUAAUACGAUUAAUUUCUGAUAUGAAUAAAAUUGGAAGCCGAAAUUCGUGAAAGAUGAUGCUGCAAUCUUGAUGUGUACUAAUCUUAAAAGAAUGCCUUAUUAAAUUUGGUAGAAAAUCUGUGAUAAAAUAAUCACAAAAUUAUGUUCAACAAAAUAAUAUUAACGUAGUGUAACCUAAGUUACAAAAAGGUACAAAAUAUUGUGAAUUUCGUGAAAAAAUGUACGACUAGGUGACACGAAAUUACUAAUAGUAAAAGUUGCAAAGAGUGUUAAAGCUUUUAACAAGAAUAGUUUAUAGAAAAAAAGGUUUAAUUUAAUUAAAUAAGAAAUGUAUAAAAAUAAAAAA